AUGACAGUAAUCGAAGUGUUUAUUUCUAGGAUGAUAGAAGUGCUCCGUCAUCCGCGUGACAGAGAAAGGAAAUCUUUAUUUCGCGUGGAUCCGCUCCUGUUGCAGGCCACUACCACCUCAGCUCAGCAUCGUCAUCACCAUCUCCCUGGCUCCUCCGUAACGGAUAGGCUUCACCUCCAGAACGGAACCUCCAGUCUGCUUCCAGUUUCUCCCUCGAGAAUGCUUGUUGACUUAGUCGCAGUCGGGCUCCCACAACGCGCGCUUCGUGGCCACUCCAUUGACCUGUCGCCGAUCAGAGAAACAGAUAACACAGUGCACGGUGAUGCUGGCUUUUACUCGGCCAGCCUCUAUGCUUCACUCUACUUACGGCUGACCCUGUUCAUAAUAAUUAAUGGUGUUAGACUCGGUGAAUGCCUGUGGACUGGUCAUGCUUGCCUCACGCUGCAGAAUGAUAGGCUGCGGUCUAUGUCUCGACCGAAAGCAAUUGAUUCAAUUGUAAUUGCAGGCGUGGCAUUGCUGAAAGGGGAAGAGAGGGCGGGCGCACAAGGAUGCGCUUACGCAGGAAACGGUGCAUGUGCCGGUGACGCUACAGAAAAACUUGGAGCCACAGCAGAGCCAUAG